AUGCCCGACGGCGCGGCCUCCUCCGGGCCCGGCCCGAUCCACGUGGAGCCGGCUUCCCUGCGGGCGGCGGCGGCGGCGGGGGGCCCCCCGACCCCGCUGCACCUGCUGCCCUGCGAGAUCCAGCACGACGGCCCCGCGGCCGUCAGCCGCUUCUUCAGCCCCGCCGUCCGGUCCACGCCCAAAGGGCCGGUGGUGUCCUUCAGAGGCCGGAGCCUGCAGGGAGAAGAGGUCAGGCUGCCCCCCGGAUACGUGGGGCUGGUGCUGCGGGAGGCGGAGAGGCCGCCGGGGCAGGAGGAGGAGCGAACCGUGCACGCCACGACCGCCUUCGGCAGCUUCACAGCGUGGGGGCUGGAGACGGCCCCCGGCCCCGACGCCGGCAUCCACGGAGCCCUGGUCUGGCCCGGCAUCGCCGCCGCGAUUCACGCGGCGGUGGACGAGGCCGAGCAGUGAAGCCGCAGCAGGAGCCCCGGCGGAGGCUGCCUGCCCCCACCCCCCAAAUAAAAGGCUUUGCAGAUAA